CCUUACACUGUGUGGCUUGGGCUUUUUCGAGCUCUAUCCACACGAUGCGCAUCAGAGCAGGAAGCCUACUUCUGCCGGCUGGGCUUUUACAGUAAGAGUGGGGCAGAAACAUUCAAGGAAUCGUUGUUAAAAUUCUGACCCAAUAUUGGUCUAGUGUUGAUGGAUCUCGGAGUUGAAGACAACCAGACGCGAAGUACGAGACGCGCAGAGACGAUCGGACCUUCUGUUCAUCAUGAUGCCAGGAAAGAGAAGACGUUACGAGGUGUUGUUCCAAACCAAAUACUUUAUGCUUGGAAAACGCAUGUGAAUGAAUCGGAAGGGUUUUGUCAGUUGGAAUUACACUAAGGUCUUUAUGGUUGGAUCUUGGGUUCCGCUAGCCUUUGUUUACUAAAUCAGAGAGUCUAGCAGUCAGGUCAUGUUAAUCGGAGAAGAGUGUCUGUCGUUGCUUAGAUGGUGAUUAGAUAGGGACUCAAACUGCUCACGGACCGGCGGUGGUGACAUAACCCCCCAACUGUGCCACCAUGGAUCUACUUGAGUGCCCAAUCUGCCUGUUCCUCAUGUGUGAACCGGCCACCAUGUCCUGUGGUCACACGUUCUGCCAGAGCUGCCUGGGGAACUACUUGUCAUCCGGGUGUCCAGCCUGCAAGGAAAUAUUUAAACAGAGAGACGCCAAAAACAUCAAGAACAACAUCCUACUAUUCAGUGUCAUUGAGAAGUGCUGCCCAGAAGAGACGAGGAUAAAGUGUCAUAUUCUGGAGAAACUCAAAACCAGCGAGUUCACAGAAGCUUUACGCAUCGCGAAUGAAGGGAUACGACUAGCUCCUGGUGAUGUGAGUCUGAAGGUGUGGAGAGCGGAAGCCAAUAUGGGACUGAGACUUUUCUCUGAUGCCCUGAGGGACCUGGAAGACCUCUCCUGCAUUCACCCCAACUGGACAGAGGGUAUCUUUCGUAAAGGUAAUGUGUUACUGGAGAUGGGUCGUCAGUCUGAAGCCCUGAUCCAGUUUCACCGCUGUCUCAAACUACAGGCCGACUUCACUCCUGCCAAGAGCCAGAUUAAAAAGAUCCUGGAGACGGAGGGCAUGUCAGUGCCUGAGGAGGUGCCCCAGAUCCUCCAGGUGGUCUCAGAGUACCUCGGAGGCCACUGCCCCCCCAUCACAAUCCUCUUCCCUGAGAGCCACACACACAGCCUCAACAAAAGCUUCGGACACCCUCAGGUGGAGGGGGCAGACGGGGACAAGAGAGGAGACUUGGAGACAGGGCCAAAGGUGAAACAUGGGACCAGUACUGAGUGCUGUCUCAGUCUCUCUCAGGCCGUGUCCUUCCUCCCUACAGCUGAGGAUGAUGAGGAGAUGAUGAUGAGGAGGAGGGAGGAGAGGCACAGCAGGGGAGGCUGCCAUCUGGACAGAAGAGAAUCUCUGAGUGUCCUCACUGUGUCUGACUUUGAAUGUCCCCUCUGUAUCAGGCUGUUCUAUGAGCCAGUGACCACUCCCUGUGGACACACCUUCUGUAGGACCUGCCUCGAGAGAAGCCUAGACCACAACCUCCGCUGCCCCCUCUGCAAACAGCCACUACAGGAGUACUUUAAGAACAGGAAGUACAACCCCACAGUGCUGCUGCAGGAGAUCAUGGCUCACCUCUUCCCCCUGCAGCUGGAUGAGAGGAAGCAGGUCCACGAGACUGAGAUGGCCGAACUAUCCAACCUAACUAAGGACAUCCCUAUCUUUGUCUGUACGGUGGCGUACCCGGGCGUGCCCUGUCCUCUUCACAUCUUCGAGCCUCGUUACCGCCUCAUGAUGAGACGAUGCAUGGAGACGGGCACCAGGAAGUUUGGCAUGUGCAGCUACGAACAUGGAAAAGGAUUUGCAGACUACGGCUGUAUGCUGGAGAUUCAUAGCCUAGAGGUGUUGCCUGACGGUCGCUCGUAUGUGGACUGUGUGGGAGGAAGUCGCUUCAGGGUCCUGAAGAGAGGACAGAGAGAUGGAUACCACACCGCUGAUAUAGAGUACAUGGAGGACCACAAGGCUGAGGGGUCAGAGUUGGAGCUAUUGCAGAGCCUCCAUGACAGUGUGUAUGAACAGGCCCAGGACUGGUACACACUCCUCAACACACAGCUCAGAGAACAGAUCAGCAGACAGUAUGGAACCAUGCCUGACAAGGAUAACAACAUACAGGCCUCCAACAACGGUCCAGCGUGGUGUUGGUGGUUGUUGUCAGUUCUCCAGCUGGAUCCUGCCUACCAGACGACCGUCCUGUCCCUGCCCUCCCUCAACGACCGCCUGGGACACCUGCGCAUGGUUUUGGAGUACUUCUCCCAGAGCUAGAGAAGAGGAGGAGGAGGUGAAGGGAUACAGCUUUACUGGGCUUUCUGCCGCUUAUCCAGUACCCUACACAGAGGAGAGGAUCAGCUCUACAGACUGGAUCAUGUGAAACAUCACACACCCACUAAUAUAUCACUCACACACAGAUCCCACAUACACUACCUGUCAGGCCCACUCCCCACCCCUGUAUCUUCAGCAAGAUGUUACUAGGUUUAGAGCCUGUCGCCAUGGAGAUCACAUGUCCUAGCUUGAACCCAUUUUACCUGGCCAAGAGCAGAAAGAGAUUGUUUUAUCACUUGCAUGAAUAAUGUGUUUGUUCGUAGAUACAUCAUAGGUAAAAAUCCGAUUGAAUCCAAGGUGCUUUUUGGGUGAAACUAUACUGUUUCUUGUUUGUGUCCAGCUCGCUAAUAAUCACUCAAAUUAAAGAUAGACGGUCACUAACAAUGGAUAUAUUGGACUAUCUCUUGUAAAUUUUGACGGCAAAGAAAUUGAACACAUUUUCAUUGCGGCCUUCCGGACCUCGUUGAAGACCAAAUGCAGCACCCGGGGCAAAAUAAGUGUGACACCCCUGCAGUAUAAGGUUCAACUCAAACUGUUCGGAUUCUUGCCAAGGGAUGUAAACCUGGUGGUAAUGUCUCAGAUAACCACUAGGUGUCCCUGUUCUCACUACUGUUUCCCUUAUCAGCCAAGCAUAAAGAACACUGCCAUGGCAACUGACCCCCAUGCAUGACAUAACCAGCCAUCUCAGAAUCAGAUGAUCUGAUUCCUAUGGCUGUAAAGUGCUUGAAGAAAAGCUAUUUAAAAAAGUGUCACAGAUCGCUCUGUAUUGCAGAGCUGAAAACUUGAUUUCCUGGGUAACGCACAAUAUGCUAUUUAUAAGGCUUGGGUUAAAGUCAUAUAUAGUUUAUAAUAAUCAUAUUGUAUUUUUUGGGGGUUCUUUAAAACCUUGGGAAGCUACUAUAUUGUGACAAACACAGUCAGCAGCCAUUUUGAGUGACUAGCGCUAUAGUAUAAUUACUAUUACAGUUAUGUAUCUUUACUACCUUGUUACCAAUAUUGAGUCGGAUGUAAUAUUAGUGUGUUAUUGCAGUAAUGAUCUAUUAUGAAACAUUGAAACAUAAAAAGGCGCCGCCUGGGUGAAAAUAAUAAUAUUUCGGAGUAAUGUGAAUUAAAGCUGCUGAAGCCUGACUUCUCUUUCGUGUUUGAAGAUGUAUUGAACAGGGUUCCAUCCCAAAUGGCACCCUAAUCACUUCAUUGUGCACUACCUUUGAUCAGGGCCGCAAUAGGACUGUGGUGAAAAAGUAGUGCACUAUAUAGGGAAUAGGGUGCUAUUUGGGAUUCAGUCCCAGGUCUUUGUUAAAGAAGGUGGAAAAAGACAACAGGUGGUACAGCUUAGCUGUUCUACACAUGUGUAAACAGGUGUGUUGUUCUGUACACAUGCAUAUGUAUGUAUGCACAGGAGGCUGGUGGCACCUUAAUUGGUGAGAAUGGGCUCGUGGUAAUACCUGGAGCAGAAUCAGUGGAAUGGUGUCAAAUACAGUGAACAUGGUUUCCAGGUGUUUGAAUCCAUUUAAUUAGCUCCGUUCCAGACAUUAUGAUGAGCCGUUCUCCCCACAGCAGCUUCCUGUAUGUAAACAGUCUUUGAAUAGCAGUCCUCCCUCUGACAACACAAACAAGUUGAUGCUUUGUUGGACAGUAGAGGUGUGUGUGUAUUGAAGAGACUACCUGUGUAAUAUGAAAGCUACCACUCCUGAGUUCAAAUAGUAUGGGUUUUCUUUCAAAUGCUUGAGUUGUACUUUAUUGAGUUUGCCUGACGCAAUAGUCCCAAAAGUGCACACCAUGUCCAUCAGUCUCAGUCAAUCGUUCAAAGUAUUUGGAAAUAAAUCAAUCAAAUAAUAUUUCCUUUAACCCAGGUCUGGUAGCUUUCACACCCACAGGCAGGACAGACAGGAGUUUCCUCCCUAGCCCAUCCCAGGCUCACACCACCCUGCCCCCUGCAGCGCCCCCUACCUAUGUGGCUCUCUCACCACUAGUGUUGGUGACUACAGUGCCUGGCCACCCCACUAGGAGGUGACUACAGUGCCUGGCCACCCCACUAGGAGGUGACUACAGUGCCUGGCCACCCCACUAGGAGGUGACUACAGUGUCUGGCCACCCCACUAGGAGGUGACUACAGUGCCUGGCCACCCCACUAGGAGGUGACUACAGUGUCUGGCCACCCCACUAGGAGGUGACUACAGUGCCUGGCCACCCCACUAGGAGGUGACUACAGUGCCUGGCCACCCCACUAGGAGGUGACUACAGUGCCUGGCCACCCCACUAGGAGGUGACUACAGUGCCUGGCCACCCCACUAGGAGGUGACUACAGUGCCUGGCCACCCCACUAGGAGGUGACUACAGUGCCUGGCCACCCCACUAGGAGGUGACUACAGUGCCUGGCCACCCCACUAGGAGGUGACUACAGUGUCUGGCCACCCCACUAGGAGGUGACUACAGUGUCUGGCCACCCCACUAGGAGGUGACUACAGUGCCUGGCCACCCCACUGGAGGUGACUACAGUGCCUGGCCACCCCACUAGGAGGUGACUACAGUACCUGGCCACCCCACUAGGAGGUGACUACAGUGCCUGGCCACCCCACUAGGAGGUGACUACAGUACCUGGCCACCCCACUAGGAGGUGACUACAGUACCUGACCACCCCACUAGGAGGUGACUACAGUACCUGGCCACCCCACUAGGAGGUGACUACAGUACCUGGCCACCCCACUAGGAGGUGACUACAGUACCUGACCACCCCACUAGGAGGUGACUACAGUACCUGACCACCCCACUAGGAGGUGACUACAGUACCUGGCCACCCCACUAGGAGGUGACUACAGUACCUGACCACCCCACUUGGAGGUGACUACAGUACCUGACCACCCCACUAGGAGGUGACUACAGUGCCUGGCCACCCCACUAGGAGGUGACUACAGUACCUGGCCACCCCACUAGGAGGUGACUACAGUACCUGACCACCCCACUAGGAGGUGACUACAGUGUCUGGCCACCCCACUAGGAGGUGACUACAGUGCCUGGCCACCCCACUAGGAGGUGACUACAGUGUCUGGCCACCCCACUAGGAGGUGACUACAGUGCCUGGCCACCCCACUAGGAGGUGACUACAGUGCCUGGCCACCCCACUAGGAGGUGACUACAGUGCCUGGCCACCCCACUAGGAGGUGACUACAGUGCCUGGCCACCCCACUAGGAGGUGACUACAGUGCCUGGCCACCCCACUAGGAGGUGACUACAGUGCCUGGCCACCCCACUAGGAGGUGACUACAGUGCCUGGCCACCCCACUAGGAGGUGACUACAGUGUCUGGCCACCCCACUAGGAGGUGACUACAGUGUCUGGCCACCCCACUAGGAGGUGACUACAGUGCCUGGCCACCCCACUAGGAGGUGACUACAGUGCCUGGCCACCCCACUCAGGAGGUGACUACAGUACCUGGC